AUGGCGUCCCCGGGCGGCCCCCGUGGCGGCGGCGGCGGCGGCGGCGACGGCUCCCUGGGCCUCCUGGUCUGGCUCCUGCUCCUUCAGCCCCGGCUCAGUGAGGCCUGGGCGGGAGGGGACAGGGCGCAUGGGGGGUUGGCCCCGCCUCCAUCCUCUCCGCCCCCCUCAGGGGUUGGCCGCCAGGACCCCAGGUCGAGCCUGCGGACGCCGCCACCUGAAGGGGUUCCGGGAUCCUCUGGGGCCCCAGCAUCCCGUGUGACCGCGGUCUCCCCUGAUUUGGUGGCAUUUACCCCAGGUGACUCUGAUUCCUACAAGGCUCUGGCAACUGCACAGCCACGAGCACUAGCAGAGGCCACAGGAACAAAUCUACUUCCUUCAGGAUGUGGCCAUCGGACUAUGAGGAUAGUUGGUGGAAUGCCGGCCCCAGAGAAGAAGUGGCCCUGGCAGGUGAGCCUGCAGAUCAAAAAUCAACACAUAUGUGGAGGCUCCCUCAUCGCCAGUCGGUGGGUGCUGACCGCGGCCCACUGCAUAUUUGGCCAUGUGGACUACACGGUGAAGAUGGGAGACAUAUAUGUGAACCAUACCUCCAGAAUGGCAAUUGAAGUCCCAGUCCGAGACAUCGUUAUCCACAAAUAUUAUACUUCUGUUGGAUCCAUCGGAAAUGACAUUGCCCUUGCUCUGCUUGCUUUUCCUGUGAAUUACUCCUCGCACAUCCAGCCUGUAUGCCUCCCUGAAAAGGCUUUCAUGGUGCAAGCUGAUACGGAGUGCUGGGUGACUGGAUGGGGAAGGCUAGGCGAAAAAGGUUCAUCGGGUGAAUCUCCAGUGCAGCUUCAGGAGGCCGAGCAAAGCAUCAUUCGCUAUGAGGAGUGUAACGAGAUGUUCAAGAAACUGUUGGCAGGUACAACGGAUAUUGUCAAGGAAGGGGUAGUCUGUGGUUACAACGCCCAAGGAAAGGAUGCCUGCCAGGGAGAUUCUGGGGGCCCCCUGGUCUGUGAAUUUAAUGACACGUGGUUCCAGGUAGGGAUUGUGAGCUGGGGCAUUGGCUGUGGUCGCAAAGGAUAUCCUGGAGUUUAUACAGAAGUUAGUUUCUACAAGAAGUGGCUCAUUGAUCAAAUCAAUCAGGCUUCUUCUCGGGACUCAACAGGCUUCUUCAUCCUACUCCUGUGUCUGGUGCUGCCCCUGGGCAUCCUGGCGACCCCGUGAUCACCCUGACCCUCCCAUGUUUCUGAGUCUCGCACUAGGCCUCUCCUCCGACCUCCCACUCCUACUCAAUGCCCUUUCCUCAAGUUCCGGUUGGGAUCCACUGACCCUGUGGAGAUCCACAAAACAGAGAGUGGCAGCACGACUGGCGUCCUGAAAAUGUCCCAGCCUGGUGCCCUGGUCACCUGCCUCGGCCUUGCCUCUGCCUUAGAUGUGCUCUGCCUGCAGGGAAGGAGGGGGGACACCACCCCAGCUAGAGGGCCAGCUGACCUGCCAGGUGGAGCAUGAGGCUUCAGUGACAUCUUCGAGAGCAUCUACCAAAGAGACGGCAACCAUGAGACAGCAUUAACCCCAGUUAUGGUUACACAGCUCCACCUGACACUUUGUCAACCCAGUCAGCUUGGUGGUCGUUCAGAGAGUGAAGGAGGAGUCGCUGUGUCCCUGCUGAGGUGU